AGAUUUCAGGUCUUCGGAAUCAUGAGAAAAACACAGAGGGGAGAAAAAUGAAAUGUGCCUUGAAUGUGGGAAAUAUUUUUCCUCAAAAUCAACCCUGGUGCUACAUCAGAGACGUCACACUGGAGAGAGACCCUAUGAAUGUCCAGAAUGUGAGAAACAAUUUAUGUAUUAUCAUCAACUUCAGAGACACCUGGCAUGGCACAAAGGGAACCUACCCUAUAAUUAUGAUGAGUGUGGGAAAAGUUUCCUUUCGCCAGCCCAUGUUCAGAUGUAUCUGAGAAUCCACACGGGGGAGAAAUGUGGGAAGAUCUUUUCUCAGAACGCAAACCUUUCGUCCCAUGAGAAGACUAGUGCAGGAAAAAAAUCUUACAAGUGCUGUGAGUGUGGAAAAUAUUUCAGCCAGAGUUCAGGACUUUGGAGACAUCAGAAAACACACACAGGGGAGAAAAACGAAAAGUGCCUCGAAUGUGGGAAAUGUUUUACCUUGAAAUCAAACCUGGUGCAACAUCAGAGACGCCACACUGGAGAGAGACCCUAUGAAUGCCCAGAAUGUGAGAAACGAUUUAUGUAUUCUUUUGAACUUCAGAGACACCAGGAAUGGCACAAAGGGGACCUACCCCAUAAAUGUGGGGAGUGUGGGAAAAGUUUUCUUUCGCCAGCCCAUGUUCAGAUUCAUCAGAGAAUCCAUACAGGGGAGAAACCCUACAAAUGUGGGGAGUGUGGGAAAUGCUUUUCCCAAAAACAACACCUUGGACGCCAUCAAAAAUUCCACACAGGAGAAAAGCCAUACAGAUGCGUAGAGUGUGGAAAAUGCUUUGUAGACAAGCGAGGCCUUCUGGGUCAUCAUAAAAUCCACACAGGGGAGAAGCCAUAUCAAUGCAAUGACUGUGGAAAAUUUUAUAGUACCUUAUCAGCCCUUAGAAGUCAUGUGAAAAUUCACACAGGGGAAAAAAACUACAAAUGUUUAGACUGUGGGAGAGCAUUUGCUCAUUCAGGUUCCCUUAGAAGUCACAGCCGAAUCCAUACAGGAGAGAAGCCCCACAAAUGCUCAGAGUGCGAUAAAUGUUUUUCACGGAAAGAUUCUCUUGUGAUGCAUCAGCGAAUCCACACUGGAGAAAAACCUUAUAAAUGUCUGGAGUGUGGGAAAUGUUAUGUCCAUCCUUCAACACUUCGCGUGCACACCCGAAGUCACACAGGAAAGUAGCCUUACAAAUGCACAGAGUGCAAGAAACCUUUUCCUAGUAAAUCAAAGCUAAAAAAGGACCAAAAAGUCCAUAGCAGAGAUAAAUCUCCAUUGUUCAGCGGUGAACAACAUUGGGAACACUUUUUUUCAAGACAUCUUAACAUUUACCAGGAACCAUAUAUUCACACAGAGAUAUUUAUACUAACGUUCUUUCUGUGCAUAUAAUGCUGAAUAAAAGUAUUUUUUAAAAUAA